AUGCAACUCAAGUCUUGUCUUCCACUCGCUCUUGGAGCCAUUGCUUCAGCCCAGAGUCUGACAGAUGUCCUGGCAAACAACACUGCUGAAUUGAGCACCUUGAUCAGUCUGCUCUCUGCUCAGCCAGCCAUUGUCUCAGCUUUAGGGUCCGCCUCUGAUAUCACCAUCCUCGCGCCAAACAAUGCCGCGUUCGCAGCGUUCCUCGCAACCCCAGAAGGAACCGCAGCUGGCGGCGAUCCAUCUACUGUCGCAGCUCUUCUCACGUAUCACGUUGUGAACGGUACCUUUUACGCAUCGGACUUUAGCAGCACCCCUGCAUUUGCUCCAACUCUCCUAUCGAAUACAACCUUUACCAACGUCACCGGUGGACAGGUCGUCGAGGCUGUGAGCGAUGGUACCAAUGUUACAAUUUUGAGCGGACUUCUUGCAGAAUCUAAAGUUGUGGCAGCUAACCUCAACUUCACCGGCGGAACCGUCCACGUAAUUGAUAAAGUUCUCACUAUUCCUCAAGCCGCCGGUGCCACCGCUGUUACUGCCGGCCUCACAAACCUCGUCGGAGCUCUUACCCGAGCUGAUCUCGUCAACGCUGUUCAAGGUCUCAGCGACGUUACCAUCUUUGCACCGAGUAACGCUGCCUUUGACGCUAUUGGAUCCGCAACUGCCAACCUCUCUGUCGCAGACCUCGCAGGCAUCCUAACCUACCACGUGGUGAACGGUACUGUCGGAUACAGUUCUGCUCUUACCAACACCUCAUUGACUGCUUUGAACGGUGGCAGCAUCGAUAUUCGUAUCGAGGGUGAGAAUGUGUUCGUCAACUCCGCAAAGGUUGUCACUCCAAAUGUUUUGAUUGCCAAUGGUGUUGUCCAUGUUAUUGACAAUGUCCUCAACCCUAACCCCGCCUCCGGUAGCGCUACAUCCACCGGUGUUGCAUUCCCUGGCGCCACAUCCGUGAGCAGUACCGUCUUCACUGAGGCUCCAACCCCAUCUACCACUCUUGCGGGUGCUGGUGCUACCCCAACCUCAUCCGGAGCUGCUUCUUCAUCGUUGUCUGCUGGCGCUGCGGGUCGGGCUUUCCCUACUGGUGCAAUUGAGAUGGCUGCUUUGUUGGGUGGUGCUGGUGUUUUGAUGAACUUGUAA